AUGGCGUCGGAGCUGGAGCCUGAGGUGCAGGCCGUCGACCGCAGUUUGCUGGAAUGUUCGGUGGAGGAGACCGCGGGGAAAUGGCUGCAAGCAACGGACCUCACUAGAGAAGUGUACCAACAUCUAGCCCACUAUGUACCCAAAAUCUACUGCAGGGGUCCCAACCCUUUCCCGCAGAAAGAGGACAUGUUGGCACAGCAUGUUUUGUUGGGACCAAUGGAAUGGUACCUCUGUGGUGAAGACCCUACGUUUGGAUUUCCAAAACUUGAACAAGCAAACAAACCUUCUCAUCUUUGUGGUCGUGUUUUUAAAGUAGGAGAGCCUACAUACUCCUGCAGAGACUGUGCAGUUGAUCCAACUUGUGUUUUGUGCAUGGAGUGCUUUUUGGGAAGUAUUCACAGAGACCAUCGAUAUAGGAUGACAACAUCAGGAGGUGGAGGUUUCUGUGACUGUGGUGACACUGAAGCUUGGAAAGAGGGUCCUUACUGUCAAAAACAUGAACUUAACACCUCUGAAAUUGAGGAAGAAGAGGAUCCUCUUGUGCAUUUAUCAGAAGAUGUGAUAGCAAGAACAUACAACAUUUUUGCUAUUAUGUUUCGGUAUGCAGUAGAAAUACUAACCUGGGAAAAAGAAAGUGAAUUGCCAACAGAUUUAGAGACAGCAGAGAAGAGUGACACCUACUAUUGCAUGCUAUUUAAUGAUGAGGUGCACACCUAUGAGCAAGUUAUUUAUACCCUUCAGAAAGCUGUUAACUGUACACAAAAAGAAGCCAUUGGAUUUGCAACUACAGUAGAUCGGGACGGGCGAAGAUCUGUUCGAUACGGAGAUUUCCAGUAUUGUGAGCAAGCAAAAUGAGAAAUAGUGAGAAAUACCAGUAGACAAACAAAGCCACUCAAAGUUCAAGUUAUGCAUUCGUCUAUUGUCGCCCAUCAGAAUUUUGGUUUGAAACUUUUGUCGUGGUUGGGAAAUGUUAUUGGAUAUUCAGAUGGCCUUCGCCGGAUUUUAUGUCAAGUUGGUUUACAAGAAGGGCCAGAUGGUGAAAACUCUUCGCUAGUGGAUAGAUUGAUGCUUAAUGAUUCCAAAUUAUGGAAAGGUGCUCGGAGUGUGUAUCAUCAGUUGUUCAUGAGCAGUCUCCUUAUGGAUUCAAGAUACAAGAAAUUAUUUGCUGUUCGAUUUGCAAAAAACUAUGAGCGUUUGCAGAGUGAUUAUGUGACAGAUGACCACGACAGAGAGUUUUCAAUCGCAGACCUCUCGGUUCAGAUAUUCACGGUUCCUUCACUUGCACGAAUGCUCAUCACGGAAGAAAACCUAAUGACCAUUAUCAUUAAGACUUUUAUGGAUCAUUUGAGACAUCGAGAUGCCCAGGGCAGAUUUCAGUUUGAACGAUAUACUGCUUUACAAGCUUUCAAGUUUAGGAGAGUUCAGAGCCUUAUUUUGGAUCUCAAGUAUGUGUUAAUAAGCAAACCAACAGAAUGGUCAGAUGAACUGAGACAGAAGUUCCUAGAAGGAUUCGAUGCCUUUUUGGAAUUACUGAAAUGUAUGCAGGGAAUGGAUCCAAUUACACGUCAAGUAGGACAACAUAUUGAAAUGGAACCAGAGUGGGAAGCAGCCUUUACACUACAAAUGAAAUUAACACAUGUCAUUUCAAUGAUGCAGGACUGGUGUGCUUUAGAUGAGAAAGUAUUAAUUGAAGCUUACAAGAAAUGCCUUGCUGUAUUGACGCAGUGUCAUGGUGGUUUUACUGAUGGUGAACAGCCACUCACACUAAGCAUUUGUGGACAUUCAGUGGAGACUAUCAGAUACUGUGUUUCCCAAGAAAAAGUUAGCAUUCACCUCCCAGUUUCUCGCUUACUUGCAGGUUUACAUGUGUUAUUAAGCAAAAGUGAAGUGGCAUAUAAAUUUCCAGAGCUCCUACCUCUAAGCGAACUUAGCCCACCCAUGUUGAUAGAACACCCUCUUAGAUGUCUUGUUUUAUGUGCUCAAGUACAUGCUGGAAUGUGGAGAAGAAAUGGAUUCUCUCUAGUAAACCAGAUUUAUUAUUACCACAAUGUGAAAUGCAGACGUGAAAUGUUUGACAAGGAUAUAGUGAUGCUUCAGACAGGUGUCUCCAUGAUGGAUCCAAAUCACUUCCUGAUGAUAAUGCUCAGCCGCUUUGAACUUUACCAGAUCUUCAGUACUCCAGACUACGGGAAAAGAUUUAGCUCUGAGAUCACCCACAAGGAUGUCGUUCAGCAGAACAAUACUCUAAUCGAAGAAAUGCUCUACCUCAUUAUAAUGCUUGUUGGCGAGAGAUUUAGUCCUGGAGUUGGACAGGUAGAUGCUACAGAUGAAAUUAAGCGGGAAAUUAUCCAUCAGUUGAGCAUCAAGCCUAUGGCUCACAGUGAAUUGGUAAAGUCUUUACCUGAAGAUGAGAACAAGGAGACUGGCAUGGAGAGUGUAAUUGAAGCAGUGGCCCAUUUCAAGAAGCCUGGAUUGACCGGACGAGGCAUGUACGAACUGAAACCAGAAUGUGCCAAAGAGUUCAACCUGUAUUUCUAUCACUUUUCAAGGGCAGAGCAGUCAAAGGCAGAAGAAGCUCAACGGAAAUUGAAAAGACAGAAUAGAGAAGAUACAGCACUUCCGCCUCCAGUCCUGCCUCCAUUCUGCCCUUUGUUUGCAAGCCUGGUUAACAUCCUGCAGUCAGAUGUCAUGUUGUGCAUCAUGGGAACGGUACUGCGCUGGGCUGUGGAGCACAACGGGUACGCCUGGUCGGAGUCCAUGCUGCAGAGGGUGUUACAUUUAAUUGGAAUGGCACUACAAGAAGAAAAACAACAUUUAGAGAAUGUCAUGGAAGAGCAUGUGGUAACCUUUACCUUCACUCAGAAGAUAUCAAAACCUGGUGAAGCACCAAACAACUCUCCUAGCAUACUAGCCAUGCUGGAAACACUGCAAAAUGCUCCCUACCUAGAAGUCCACAAAGACAUGAUUCGGUGGAUAUUAAAGACCUUUAAUGCUAUUAAGAAGAUAAGGGAGAGUUCAUCUACGAGUCCUGUGGCAGAGACAGAAGGAACCAUCAUGGAAGAGAGUUCAAGAGAUAAAGACAAAGCUGAGAGGAAGAGGAAAGCUGAGAUCGCCAGGCUGCGCAGAGAGAAGAUCAUGGCCCAGAUGUCCGAGAUGCAGCGGCACUUCAUCGAUGAGAACAAGGAGCUCUUCCAGCAGACGCUAGAGCUGGAUGCCUCUACCUCUGCUGUUCUGGACAGCAGCCCUAUGGUUUCAGAUGUGACACUUACAGCAUUGGGCCCGGCACAGACUCAAGUUCCUGAACAAAGACAGUUUGUUACCUGUAUAUUGUGUCAAGAGGAGCAAGAAGUUAAAGUGGAAAGCAGGGCAAUGGUCUUAGCGGCAUUUGUUCAGAGGUCAACUGUAUUAUCAAAAAAUAGAAGUAAAUGCAUUCAGGAUCCAGAAAAAUACAAUCCAUUAUUCACGCACCCUGAUCUGUCUUGUGGAACGCACACUGGCAGCUGUGGACACGUUAUGCAUGCCCAUUGUUGGCAAAGGUAUUUUGAUUCCGUUCAAGCUAAAGAACAGCGAAGGCAACAGAGAUUACGCUUACAUACAAGCUAUGACGUAGAAAACGGAGAAUUCCUUUGUCCCCUUUGUGAGUGCUUGAGCAAUACCGUCAUUCCCCUGCUGCUUCCUCCAAGGAAUAUUUUCGGCAGCAGGUUAAAAUUUUCAGACCAACCAAAUCUGACUCAGUGGAUUAGAACAAUAUCUCAGCAAAUAAAAGCAUUGCAGGCUCUUAGGAAAGGAGAAAGCAACAAUACUGCCCCUUUGAAGAAUUCAGAAAAUAUGGAUGAAUUACAGCUCCCUGAAGGAUUCAAGCCUGAUUUUCGUCCUAAGAACCCUUAUUCUGAGAGCAUAAAAGAAAUGCUAACAACAUUUGGAACUGCGACCUACAAGGUGGGGCUAAAGGUUCAUCCCAAUGAGGAGGACCCCCGUGUGCCCAUCAUGUGCUGGGGCAGCUGUGCAUACACCAUCCAAAGCAUAGAAAGAAUUUUGAGUGAAGAAGACAAGCCAUUGUUUGGUCCUUUGCCUUGCAGACUGGAUGACUGUCUUAGGUCACUAACAAGAUUUGCAGCAGCACAUUGGACGGUAGCAUCGCUCUCAGUGGUGCAAGGACACUUCAGUAAACUUUUCGCAUCACUGGUGCCUAAUGACAGCCAUGAAGACCUUCCAUGUAUAUUAGAUAUUGACAUGUUUCAUUUAUUGGUCAGCUUGGUGCUCGCUUUCCCUGCACUGCAGUGUCAGGACUUUUCGGGCAGCAGCCUCGGCACUGGAGACCUUCACAUCCUGCACCUGGUUACGGUGGCACACGUCGUGCAGAUCUUGCUCACCUCGUGUCCAGAAGAGAAUGUCAUGGAUCAGGAAAAUCCCACUGGCGAAGAAGAAUUAGCGGUUCUUGCUUUGUAUAAACUGCUUCGCCAGUACACAGGAAGUGCCUUGAAGGAAGUGCCCUCUGGCUGGCAUCUGUGGAGAAGUGUCAGAGCUGGAAUCAUGCCUUUCCUGAAGUGUUCUGCUUUAUUUUUCCACUACUUAAAUGGAGUUCCUUCCCCACCUGACAUUCAAGUUUCUGGAUCAAGCCAUUUUGAAAAUUUAUGAUCCCUACCAAACAACCUCAUUUGCCUUUUUCAAGAAAAUAGUGAGAUAAUGAAUUUACUGAUUGAAAGCUGGUGUCAUCACAGUGAAGUUAAAAGAUAUCUAGAAGGUGAAAGAGAUGCUAUAAGCUAUCCAAGAGAAUCUAACAAGUUAAUAGACCUUCCAGAGGAUUAUAGCAGCCUCAUUAAUCAAGCAUCCAACUUCUCGUGCCCCAAAUCCGGCGGUGAUAAGAGCAGAGCCCCAACACUGUGCCUUGUAUGUGGAACUCUGCUGUGCUCCCAGAGCUACUGCUGCCAGACCGAACUGGAGGGGGAGGACGUGGGAGCCUGUACCGCCCACACCUACUCCUGCGGCUCCGGGGUGGGCAUCUUCCUGAGAGUGCGGGAAUGUCAGGUGCUGUUUUUAGCCGGCAAAACCAAAGGCUGCUUUUAUUCUCCUCCUUACCUUGAUGACUAUGGGGAGACUGACCAGGGACUCAGGCGGGGAAACCCUUUACAUUUGUGCAAAGAGCGAUUCAAGAAGAUCCAGAAGCUCUGGCACCAGCACAGCAUCACGGAGGAAAUCGGGCACGCGCAGGAGGCCAACCAGACGCUGGUGGGCAUCGACUGGCAGCAUUUGUGACUUCACCAAAGCAGACGCGGGGUGUGGCCCAGCGGCUUUUCAGGAACAAGGAUAGGAAAUGCGUUCUGCUGGUUUAGAAAUAAAUUCUUUAUUUAAGCUUUCCUUCCCAGUUUUAUUUGUAUAGUCUCUGGCUCCAGGAGCUGAUGAAGCCGUCUCCCCUCAGCAGACUUCCUUGCACCAUUUCCUGUGUCCCUCAAAGGUAACGUCUUGGGCUUUCGGAUCCAGCAAGGAGCCUCUCUUCCUGUAACGGAGCACAGCCCUUGGUGGGAGUCUCACUGCCUUGGCCUGUGGCGGUUUCCGGUCAUCUGAGCCAUUUUGCAUCACUGAUUGUAGUGAGCCCCUGUCUGAAGCUGCUGCAGUCAGGAAACGACGUCUCCAUUGGUCUUCUGGUCCUUGCUCCUGGUGCUCUCGGUGCCUCCGCACUGGGACUGGGUGGUGUCCCCCACUGGGGGGCCCUACCCCUUCAAGCAGAGCAGAUGCUUCUGAAGGCGGCAUUCCCUUCUCCCCUCAACUAAGGGGCGCUUGGGGGACACUCGUGCAGAUGGAGCCUCUGGGGAGAAGGCAGUCUCCUAGUGUGCUGGCCAGUUUUUCAGGGCUAUAAAGGUUGACUUUUUGGGUGUUUUUUUUUUUUUUUCGGCUUUGAGAGAUAAAACUCACUUAAGGGCUUUUUGAAAACUUAAUACCUAUUUUUUCAGACAGUCAUCUCUGUUAUUUUUAAAUUGAAAGAAUAUAUGCAUUAGAAUCAAACCUUGGCAAAAAAAAAGAGAGAGAGAGAGAGAGAGAGAACUUGGUAUUUUGCGGUUCCCCACCCCCACCCUGUCCAGCAUUUCUUGAAAUAGAUGGAUUGCUACUCACCUGCCGGCUCACCUGGUCCUGGGCGGUCUGCACCCAGGCGUGUUUUUAAACAUUAUUGUUCUUACUCAGAGGUGGCUUUGUAGAAUGAUAGCCGCUUAGUACGAUGGCCUGUAACUACUACGUACCACACAUACACUCCCUCCGAGCACGCGUGCUUGAGCACCGGACAGUGACAGCAGUGGAGUGGAGGGGCUGAGCAACGGAUGAAUACUGAGGCUCUUGAAGGUUUUUAAUCAGUGUAGGCGACCCUCGUACUUAGUUUCUUUCAAUUGCACCUGUGAGUUCCUUUCCACUCCCCUGUGCACACUGCACAGUGCACCCAGGGAGACAGUUACAAGUCCAGACCAAGGCUGGAGUACGUAGGGACACAGAAGCCGCGUACCUCUCCAAGGCAGCAUGUGAAGGAACCUUCCAUGAAACCCUCUUGGGACUGGCUCACCUUGCUGAGAAGACAACCAGCAGGAAGAAAAUCCAGCUUCAACCCCACCUCUCCCCAUUUCCUGGCCUUCCUCUCAUUCAUAAGAUCUGAUUCGGAGGCUGUGAGUGGCAUAGUUAAUGUUAAUUUUUGGCCUUUGUCACAUUAGCUUUUAAGUUCAGCUCCCUUUGGCUUUCCUCUCUAUAUUAUCAAAGCUUACAUUUAAAAUUGUAAGACCAGGUUCACCCUCUGUAAGUGGGUCACAAACAUUUUCCUCAAAUCAUAACAGUACUCCAGCUCUCAGGCCCAGAAGCCUGGAGGUAGCAGAGGGUGGCCCUGGAUUACAUUCUCUGAGAAUGCCCAAGUCUGGGAGAAGAUGAAUUUACAUGAAAUAGUAACAUACACACCUUUUUAUUUCCUGGUAUUAAGCUCUCGUCUUCCCUAUCUAACAGAUCAUCUUAGUUUUAUGAUUUAUUCCGCAUGGUUUAUGUUUAUUGUAGAAAUGUUUAUAUAACAUAUGCUUUCCAUAUCAGGGAAAAUCACAUCUGUUUAAUAAAUUGGCUAUAACUUUAAUAUCUGUGGACAACUUGUAAAAUUUGGAAUGUAUCAUAUGUAAAAAGUUUAAAGAUAUCCAAAUAAAUGCUUUAGGUGUUGA